GUGAAAUUUGGAGCCUGCAAUACUCCCAAGCCAAGCUUCUUUGAUUUUGAAGGAAAGCAGAAAUGGGAGGCCUGGAAAGCCCUGGGAGAUACCAGCCCUCACCAAGCUAUGCAGGAGUACAUUGCUGUAGUGAAAAAACUCGACCCCAGUUGGAAUCCACAGACAACAGAGAAGAGGGGAAAGGAAAGCAAAACUGUAUUUGGAGGCCCAGUCGUCAGCUCAUUGUAUCAAGAAGAAACAAUCAGGGAAGAGGACAAGAACAUCUUUGAUUACUGCAGAGAAAACAACAUUGACUAUGUAACCAAAGCCAUUCAGUCAAAAAAAGUGGAUGUGAAUGUCACAGAUGAGGAGGGCCGGGCUCUGCUCCAUUGGGCAUGUGACAGAGGACACAAGGAGCUGGUUUCAGUACUGUUACAGCAUGCUGCUGAUGUGAACAUCCAGGAUGGAGAAGGCCAGACUGCACUCCAUUAUGCUGCCACCUGUGAGUUUUUGGACAUCGUGGAGCUGUUGCUGCAGUCGGGCGCGGACCCCGGGCUGCGGGACCAGGAGGGCUGUCUGCCGCAGGAGGUGACGGACUCCAAAGCCAUCACUGCGGCUCUGCAGCAGCACCUCACCAGCCAGCCCUGA